UAAAUAUAUUUAGUGUUCCAAAGUAAAAUUUAAUCAAAAUGUUAAUAUCUUUAGAUUCCAUCAUAUUUCUUAUUGCUGUAGCAUUUAUAUGGGGUAUAACCAACCCAUUUAUUAAGAAAGGAGCUAAAGGUUUAGAAAAUGUGAAAUCAUUUUCUAAAUUUGGUCAAUUUUAUGAAGAAUUUGCUUUUCUUAUUACAAAUUUAAAGUAUUUGGUGCCAUUUAUUAUUAACCAAAGUGGUUCUAUAUUAUAUUUUUUAACUUUGAAUAAAACAGAUAUAUCAUUAGCAAUUCCAGUCACUAAUUCGCUUACUUUUAUGGUAACUGCAAUGACUGGUUCAAUUUUGGGUGAAGAAAAGAUACAUAAAAAUACAUACAUUGGAAUGAUAUUAAUUUUGAUUGGAACAAUCCUUUGUUGUUGGGAUAAAGUGCAUAAUAUUGAACAAUUUUAAUUUUAUUUAGCAUUUCAUUUUAGAAUAUUAUAAUAUAGUAGGAGAUAAAAAUUUUCAUAUAUUUUACGAAGAAGUUUAUUUA